GCCGCAAGACUUCGUGGAGGCAGGACCGCCAUCGUCGUCGGUUUGUUUAUAUCCAAUACGGUUGAGUACUAUCACACCAAGAACAGGAACAACAGCAUACAUACAGAAGGAGGAAGCGAGUGCAAACUUUCUUCUGCAAAGCAAUUGUUGAAAAUGUGAGCAUAAUCAUAGGACACAUUCGUGACAAACGGGUUUAGCCCGGUCUGCAGCACAGUUGAUUUACGUAAGCAGAAUACUAAACGGGAAAUUCUUCCACUGAAGAUGGAAAAUUUGUCUGCCCAUCACGGCACAGAGGACCAGAAAAACAUGGCAGAAGAUUUAUCGAUCAAUAAAAAUAAGAUCUGUUCUUCGCGCUAUGCCAACAACUACAUCUGCCGUUUGUGCUUGAAAAAUGAGGCCCAUAUGGAACCGCUGUUUUACGCGAAUCUAUUUCCGAACAUUUUGCUCACCAAAAAGAUAUACGAUUGCACGUCGAUACAGAUCAUUUUCGAACGUAACCUGCCGAUGUUUGUUUGCAAACUUUGCGCCAACAAGUUGGACGAGUAUAUCCGUUUUCGUGAACGCUGUGUGGCAAACGAUGAAUUUUUAAGGAAUGCUCUAGCAUUUUUCGAUGCCGGGCAAAACAUCAUUAAAACGGAACAGGAGCUGGCUCCUUCCUCAGCCCAAUUACAACAACAUGCGGGCCCAAUCGAUUUUCGCCAAAUUAAAAGUGCUGUUGAUUCAGAAUCAUUUGAACAGGCAGACGAGGACGAACAAUUGGAAACGGAGCAAUUCUCCUGCAAUGAAUGUGAUUUCAUAACAGGUGAUGAAUCCACUAUACGUACUCAUCAGAAACAGCACGAAGAUAGACCUUACGCAUGCACGAUGUGCUCGAAGUCGUUCAAGAUUCGACAACAUUUGCUGAUUCACAGCCAUACGCACGUAGAUCUACAGCAGCGAAUAGAACAAUCGGUCGACAUGAAGCCCACCUACAGUUGUUCGAAAUGCACCAAGGUUUUUAUCAACAGAGGAAACCUGAUAAAUCACUCGGCCGAGUGUCACGGUAACGUAAAGAAUUUCAGUUGCGAAAUCUGCUUCAAAUCAUUCAAGUACAACGUCCAACUGCGGAUUCACAUGAGAACGCACUCCGGAGAACGGCCACAUACAUGUGAAAUUUGUCACCGUGGAUUUUCUCAGCUUUCGAAUCUGAGGUCUCACCGAAAGGUUGUACACUCGAAAGUUAAACCGUACAAAUGUCAGCUGUGCCUCAAGAGUUUCACCAUGCUCGAUAACUUAUCGGUGCACAGCUUGAAGUGCGUUAAGGAUAAGUACCGCUGUACGCUGUGCUCGAAAUCAUUCGCAAAAGAAGGCAAUUUGAUCUCACACUUGCAGUGCCACAGUGAAGGAGUGGUGGAGAAAAACUUCAAGUGCGAAAUGUGUCCCAAGAGUUUCAAGAACAAGGAGGAUUGGAAGCGGCAUGUUCGGGUGCAUACAGGCGAAAAACCUUACAUCUGCGACAUCUGUAACAAAGGCUUCGCGCAAAAGGCCAAUCUCCUGUCGCACCGGAAAACCCAUCUCAAACCGGAGAUUGUGUUUAAGUGUGAGCGCUGUGACAAAGUUUGUCGAACUCAGAAGUUGCUGGAAAUGCACAUACAGAAAUGCGGUACACUUGAAUUAAAAACUGCAACACCGCCGGUUUCGGAGCUGCCAACUCCAACCCAAUCACCGAUGGUAUCCGUACCGCCGCCAACAUCUGUGACACCAACAUUAGAAGCUUUGUCCGACCUUUUGCGGUAUGAAAUCGCUAUGCGUGCUCCGACUGAACUGCAAGAGAUGCUGCUGGCUACGAUGGAGAAAAAGAAAGCAGCUAAACAGAAUACGACGACCGGUAACCGAAACUACCGGUGUGAAGUGUGUUUUAAGGUAUACUCGCAGUAUCCGAGUUUGGUAAAACACCGGAAGUUACACCUGAAAGGUGCUCGCUUACGGACGAAAUCAACAGAAGCGGACGAUCGACCGUAUUAUUGUGAUAUCUGUGGGAAGAAUUUUAAGUUUAACAGAAAUCUAAAGGUUCACAUGAAGCUACACACCAAAUCAAAUGGCUGUUUCAAGUGCGACAAAUGCAGCAGCACAUUCGAACUGGCCGACCAACUGAAGAAUCACCUGUUGGAGCAUCCCAUCGACAUGGAGAAGAUCUUCAAUUGUGAAUUCUGUUCGAACACAUUCAAAUCGAACGAAGAUUUGAAGCGACAUCGGAGAUCCCAUACGGGUGAACGUCCUUUUAAAUGCGAUACCUGCCCAAAGGCGUUCACUCAGCUGUCGAACCUGCGUGCUCACACCAAAAUUCACGAGAAAAAGAGAACAGCGUACGGAUGCAACAUUUGCCUGCUGGAGCUGGACUCGCUGGAAUCCCUCAAUAUGCACCUCAAAACGCAUCAGUAUCAGUUGUUCGAACUUUGCAGGGAAAUGAAAUAGAAUAGUCUGUGUUGGCGAAGGCUUAGUAGAAAUCUGUGUUAUCCCAGUAACCGUACUAUAUAUCUAUAUAUUAUAUAUAUACACACAAACCGAUAUACACCAGUGUUAUUGAAUGUUUGAAACAUGUACUAGUGUGAUCGUAUUAUAGCGAAAUAAAUGUUGUUCAUUUAGA